UGUGUGUGUGGCUCAGAUAGAGCUAGUGUUACAGUCAGGAACACAGUGGAACAGUGGCUUCAGGACUAUCAUGAGCACUGCUCUGGGAGCUGUAGAGCCAACGUGACCUUCUUCCUGCUUCUAAUUGGAAUACUUUUUGGACUGACACACACACACACACACACACACACACACACACUGUACACAUGGACAGCAUGGAUCUUGUGGAUGGGUUUCUGCUGUGACACUUGGAGGCAUGGAGGCGUAUUAAAGAGUGUUGCGUGAACAGGAAACUACGCCGUGGAGAGUAAUGUGAAUCAAACUGCUGCUGUUUUCCCCUCGCUGAGUCUGAAUUGAGUUCAAGGUGUGUAUGUGUGAGCGGUGUUAAUGAAGAUGGACAGGUGUUAAUGUUCUGUGUUGUACACAUGUGUGAACUGUCUGUGAUGAUGGACAGGUGUGUGUGUGUGUGAGGCGUCUGUUAUGAUGGACAGGUGAGAGAGUUGCACAAGUCCUGUCUGACCAGUGAUGGAGAGAAGGUGAUCCAGUUUCUUCACACCUGGAGAAGAACACUUAAAGAUCAUGGGGAACUCAUACGCAGGACAGCUGAAGUCGUCUCGCUUCGAGGAAGCGUUGCACAACUCCAUCGAGGCCUCGUUGCGCUCGAGCACCGGAGAUCCUCAGCCCAUUUUCACACAGCUGUACCUGGAGCCGGAUCAGUACACCCCCAACCUGGAUGAAAUUAAAUCCAAAAUGGACUUGAGCCUCAGGUCCGAUGCAGGUGGUCACGUCCUGAUAAACUGCCAGUCGUCCAGUGGCCUUGACGAAAUGGACGACGAGGACGAAUCAGACAGCAGCAGCCCUCCACUUCCCUACCUGCAGGCCCCGCCCCCUGACGGCUGCUGCACCAUGGACGGAUUCUGUCAGGCGGGGAAGGACCUCCGUCUGGUUUCCAUGGCGACGGAGCCCAUCGACAUCCCUGCCGGGUUUGAGCUGGUGGGCGCCAAAUCUCCCAGCAUUCCUGAGCACAUCCUGGUGUGUGCCGUGGACAAGCGCUUCCUGCCGGACGAGAACGGGAAGAACGCACUUUUAGGGUUUUCGGGAAGCUGUGUGGGCUGCGGUGAGAAAGGUUUCCGUUACUUCACCGAAUUUUCCAACCACAUCAACUUGAAGCUGAGCACGCAGCCGAAAAAGCAGAAGCACUUAAAGUACCACCUGGUGAAGAACCCGCAGGGGGCGCUGUGUAAAGGCACACUCAUCUGCUGGAAAGACUGUAAGACGAGGCAGUUCUCCAGCGUGUCUUCAUCCAAACCCAGCUCAUCCUCCUCACUGAGCAGCAAAGAGAACGGAGGAAACAACAGCCACAGUCCCUCCUCCUUCUCCCUCUCAGAUUCCCCUCCAGCACGAGGACAUUCCAGUUCGUCUCCGGGAAUUUUCGGGACUCCAGAAGUCACGCGCGAAUGCAGCUUCCUAAAACCUCUGAGCACCUUGACACACACCACUAAACCUUUACCUAUAGUACCCACCGCUCUCCGUGUUAACGGCCUGACGAAUGGUUUAAGCGUGGAAAGCCGGCCCACUCUGCUAAGCCCCAGCCAUACAAACCCACUGGCCACACCCACACAUGGCUACCGGCCAAUCAAACAAGGGGACAGUCCAGCAUCCUCUGCCAUGGCGUCAGGGCCUCCAAAGAAGCGUCACCGUAGUUGGCACCCUCCUCCGGUGAUGCCCAUUCCUGCCACUGCGGUUCCGGUGCCGGCGAUUCGCCCACUGCCCGGCGGUACGGUCCCAGGUCCGCUGCUCUCCCUGACCAAUCAGGCGUCUCUGUCAGCGUCCGCUGUCAUACAGCCUCAGCCAAUCACAGCGGGAGAAACCGUGAUCGUCCCUGAUAACCUGCUGAACACCUGCGGGGUUCGACCCAUCAUACUCAUCGGUCAAGGCGCUCUGCCGUACUUCUUCGGGAACGUGUGUGACGUGGUGGUGAGCCCCCUACUGGCCAGCUGCUAUAAUUACAGCCAGCUGAGUGAGAAGAGCCUAGUGACGCUGGGAGUGUCGCCGAGCCAAAUCCCGACCGCCGAAACACUCAUCCUGCUCACACUGCAGUACCUCGCACGCCUCGGUUCGGAGCAGAUCCCGAUGCGUGAGGAGUUUGAGCAGAUCGUGCUGAAGGCCGCAGCGUGUGGCGCUGCCAUCCCCCCCAUCACCUCCGCGCAGCUGCCGUGGCUGGCGCGAGUCGAGGCGAGUGUGUCGGGUGGAAGUGUUCAGGUUCUACUCGCUCAGAGCUCUCUGGGUGAGGGAAUUGCCGAGACGCUGCGCUUACUCAGCGAAAACGCGCCCCUGCAACAGCAACAAACGCAACGGCUGCCCAACUACGUCCUGAUCAUCCACACCUCAGCCACCGCUGGAACCUCCGAGUUCUGCGUCAUGGUGCUGGGUAAACACCAGUCGAGGGCGCUGGCCGAGGGAAUGCUCACCACCAGCGAGUUUUUAAAGGAGAUCAGCUACGAGCUCAUCACGGGGAAGGUUUCUGUCCUGGCUUCACACUUCAACAGCACAUCGUUAGGUGAUAAUCUGGAGAAGGAGUUGGUGCGGUAUCAGCGGAGGAGGAAGCAGCAGGCUGAGCUCAGUGACUCCGUUCACUCACAGGAAGAAGCAGACAGUAAAGUUGACACAGGGACAGAGCCUCUGAGCGAGGUGUUUCAGAUUUAUCCCCCUCAACUGACCGUGGCUCGGAGUCUCCUCUCUCUGGUGUGUGGCAUCGCAGACUCCAACAGCCAGAGCCUCGACCUCGGUCGAUUCUGCAAGGUCGACUUCCUGGUGCUGGUGCCUCCAUCAAACGUCCUCCUUCAUCAGACAGCCAGACGCAUCCGCCAGUCAGGCGUGCUGGUGGAUCUGGGCAUGGAAGACACCUCCUCAGCCCAACAGAAGGCAGAUAAAUAUGUAGUACGUCUGGACAAUGAGGUACACACCAAAAUGGAGGCGUUCAUGAGGAAAGUGAAGCAGAACCCAUACACACUCUUCGUCCUCAUCCACGACAACUCGCACGUCGACCUGACCAGUGAGAUGUCUGGCUCCGUCUCGCACGGUGAUCUUCAGGGAUUGGCUGAUCGUGUGGUGAACUCGCAGGAGGUUUUAGAUGCUGAGAAUCUGCUGCUUCUUCAGGUCACGUCCUUCCCGUUCACACUACAGUCAUGCCACUCACGCAUCAGCAUCCACAACGAAGUGCACUGGCCCGGCAACCACGGCCCGCAGGGGGCGCUCUCACCGAAGGACCUGCUGUAUUUUGGGCUGAAGGAGUAUCAAGGUUCGGUGCAUUGGGGCGUCUCCAGUCCCAUCCUGCGUUGUGACGAUGCCUUCGAGAGGAUGGUCAAUGCCCUGCUCCAACGUCACGCUCAUCUGCACAGCAUGGUGAUCCGGAGCUACCUGCUGAUCCAGCAGUACACCGAGGCCAUGAUGGCGCUGACGGCGUGUCCGGCGCUACGGGACCACGUCACGCCGCAGACGCUGGCCAUGGUGGAGGGUGUAAUGAGCAGCGCAGGGCGGGGCGGCAGGGGGCACAUGUUGCUGGUACGUGUGCCCUCGCUGCAGCUGGCACGACUCGCACGGGAACGGCUGGAAGAGGCGCAGAACAAACUGGGUCUGGAGCGGAGGUUCGCCGUGCUGCUGGGAGGACCGACGAACGAGAUCAGCCUCGCACCGCACUUCUGCACACAGCUCAGGGCAUGGAGGCAGUGUGGAGCUGAAGACUGGGUUCCUGUCACCUAUGAGGAUCUGGAAGAUUUACCCUGCAUCGUCAUUCUCACUGGGAAAGACCCUUUGGGAGAAACAUUCCCCAGAUCUCUGAAAUACUGCGACCUGCGACUGAUCGACUCCAGCUUUCUGACCCGCACAGCUCUGGAGCAGGAAGUAGGCGUGGCCUGCUCCUACGUCACACGUGGCGUAAUUCCUGACACCAUGGCGACGGCAAACAAAGGUGUGGGUUUGAAGGAGGAAGAGGAGGACGAGCUAGAGAGAAGCGGUGGAGGAGGAAUAACGGAGUCUGAAGAACUGCAGCUGGAGCUGGACAGACCACCGAGCAAUGGCAGUGCCGCAACCCGAGCCUCCGGCUCCCUUGCAGAAAAUGGCGUCAGCUCCUCUGUGGUUCCUGACACCUCCCACAAAUCCUGUUCUGUCUCCUCCUCUCACCCAGAAAUGGCUAGUAGCAGCUCGUUUAACUCCUCUCCUAAUCACGUCAAGCAGGAGUGUGACUCCCAGUGCCCCGGGUCUUCUUCCUCAUCCUUAUCCUCUUCCUCAUCCUCUUCCUCGUCCACAUCUCCCGGUUCCCAUCGGCCGAGCCAGUCCACCCAGACUCUCUCUGCAGGGAGUAAAUCAGCGCCACGUGUCUUCGCCUGCAUCGUGGUUCUGUCCCGCGCUGCGUAUCGACUCCUCGCCCCUGACUCGGCGGAUCAGCCCGGCUCGGCUUGUCUCCUACCCCACGGAGAUGUGGAGUGGAUCAGUGCGCUCCGGCCCCCUUUCCCACAGCAGGGUGACACAGCUGAGCAGUCGCUCUAUUACCGCCAGUGGACGAAGGCGCGGCCACAGCACGCCGAUUACAGCGCUGCAGGCUCCGCCCACCCGAGGAGGCUCCUACUAAGCGGACCACCACAGGUGGGUAAAACAGGUGCAUAUCUGCAGUUUUUGCGGAUUUUGUUCCGGAUGUUGAUUCGUCUGUUGGAGGUGGACGUUUAUGAUGAGGAAGAGCUAGAGGAAGAUGUUGUUACUGAGGAAACCAAUGCUCCCGUGUCCAGCGGCCCACCCUGGCCUGACCUGGAGGAGAUGCAGAAAAUGACCUUUGACCUUAACCCUCGUGACCCCAAGUUUAAGCAGUGCAGCGUGGUGUAUGCGGGCAGAAAUCCGCCGAGAUUAAAUGGACUGAAGCAAGAGGAGUAUGAUGAGAGCGGUGAGAGGAAGAGGAAGACGGUCUCUAUCAGGCUCAGCAUGUUCGCAGCCCAUAAUGCAUUUCACCACUGCGAGCAGUGUCAUCAUUACAGCGAGCCUGGCCCUGCCCGUCCGCUGUCCGACUGCACAUUCCACGCCUUCUCAUUCUGCUCGUCCAUGCUUGGUGAGGAGGUGCAGCUCCACUUCAUCAUCCCGAAGAACAAAGAGCACCACUUCAUCUUCAGCCAGCAGGGACGCCAGCUCGAGAGCAUGAGACUUCCUCUCCUCUCUGACCAGGACAGUGUAAAGAGUACCAUCUUCACUCCCACGACGGGCCGGCAGGAUCUGGGUCUGCUAAACCUCCACCACGCCCUGGAGGGGGCACCACACCUCCACAUCCUGGUGGUGAAGCACCAUGAGAUGGCACUGUACAGGAAGUUCUGGCCCAACCAUGUCCUGCUGGUGCUUCCCUCCAUCUUCAACAACUCCGGAGUGGGAGCAGCUCGCUUCAUGAUUAAAGAGCUGUCAUAUCACAACCUGGAGCUGGAGAGGAACAGGCAGGAGGAGCAGGGUGUUCAGCGGCAGGACAUCUGGCCCUUCAUCCUCAUCAUGGACGACUUGUGUGUGCUGUGGAACACCCACGUCCAAAACAGAGACGGCUCAGUGGAGGUGUGUAACGUAUCUCUGAAGAGCGUGUUGCUGCACAUGGAGAUGACUCCGUCACUCUGUCACUACGCCAUGUGUGGGUUGAGGAACUGGAGCAGUAAAACUUCCGUCUCGUCUCUUGGCGCCGCGUUCAGCCGCUGCCAUCUUCACGACUUCAUCCUGCUCAACGUGGACCUCACGCAAAACGUCCAGUACGACCUCAACCGCUACACAUGUGAGGAGGUGGACUUCAACCUGAGGGUGAACAGCAGUGGGCUCUUGCUGUGUCGUUUCAACCGUUUCAGCAUCAUGAAGAAACACAUCCCGAGCAGCGGCGACCAACACACACUCAUCAAACCCAAAGUCACGGCGAUGGAGUCUCCUUCCCCAGUAUCCAGCUUACAGUUUGUGUGUGCACCGGACAGUGUGUGUCCAAUGUUGGAUGUUCCGGCUCAGCUCCUGCUGGAGAGAUUCCUGCAGCGUUGCAGCACACACCUGUUCCCUCACGCGCUACACAGCUACACACACCCCGUACUCGCCAUCGACACCUACCUCGACCUCGGACCUCAGUUGGCAGUGUGUUACAUGAGCUCCAGGCCUCACUCGGUGAACCUGGACCACAGUGGUAUCGUGUUCAGCGGGCUGCUCCUCUACCUGUGCGACUCCUUCGUGGUUUCCGGAUUCCUGAAGAAAUUCCGCUUCCUGACAGGCGCAACGCUGUGUGUGAUCUCUCAGGACCGCAGCUCUCUCCGCAAGACGAUCGUGAGACUGGAGCUGGAGGACGAGUGGCAGUUCCGUCUACGGGACGAGUUCCAGACGGCCAACUGCAGCGAGGACCGGCCACUUUACUUCCUCACGGGACGCCACAUUUAACAACCGAGGGGGGGGCGGGCGGAAACGUUCCUCAUUAUCCUGGAGCGUCGUGAGAAAAGCGAGGUGUGUUGAUGGAUGGAUGGAUGGACGGACAGAUGUACGGAUGGAUGGAUGGAGGAGAUCCUGAUCCUUUACUGUGAAGAUUGUACUCUCUGAUUGGCUCUGGUUGUGUUAUCGAUGGAGCAAGGACUUUCUCGGACACGCCCAUGGUGCCAAAUAGGAGAAGAUUGUAAACUGGGCUCCAUUUCAGGAUCCCACCUGCGUACCUCAUGGACGUAGGCUUCAACUCAGGGUUUGUUUUGUUUUGUCACGAGGCAAAAAAAAAAGACUUUGUUACUACUGCUUUCAUUGUUUUUCUCUCAAUAUAUAUAUAUAUAUAUAUAUAUAUAUAUAUAUAUAUAUAUAUAUAUAGUGUAUUGCUCACCAAAGUUUUGCUAACCUACCAAGGACACUUGUCCCCAAAGAUGCAGACGUUUGACUACCGAAAACUGUAAGAUGUCCUGCACGGACCUGAACACACACCUCUCCUCAUAGCUGGAUGCAAAUCUUGACAAUUUCACACUCAUUUCCAUAUGGAGCGAAGCCAUUAAGCUACUGACCUGCUAGCCUCCUCUGAGUCGCAUUGUUUCUGUGUCUUGAUCAGCAUGAUUUUUUUUAUUAUUAUUCUUUUUUUUUUUGCUAAUGCAUGCCAUCAGUCAGCACGUGAAGAAUCCAUUAUGCCAAACUCGCCUAGGAAAGAGAACAUCAUAACAUGAUGGUUAUGAAGGAGUAGGAUGACUAGCUGACUAGGUCAUCGGAGCGAGCGGUUAGCAUUAGAGAUAACGCAAAUGAGCUUUUUCGCACAAAUCAGCAAAGUGACAAAGUGAAGCUAAACAAACAUUACAGGUUGCUAGCGUUACCUCUUAUUUGGUUCUUAUUUGGAUUUCAAAGAAAACGUUUGAGGCUGUAGUAAAGAAUCAAUCCAAGUGAAAAUGUUGGGAUUGCACACGGCCGCUAAGCUGAGAUCGCUUCCCCGCUGCUCCGAGGCUAACCAGGUGAACUAGCAUUAAGUUACAACGCGCAAAGAAACGUGACGUAGCCUCUGUGACGUUUUUGGCGGACUGGUGAAUAAGCAUGGACGUUUUGGAUGUGGAGAGUGUUUAUGGAAUUUUUAUGGAAUGCCAAUAUUAAUAUAUUAAAUCUUUGUCGCUUUUGGGAAUCAUGCUCGUGCGUGAAAAUUCUGGCUUUUCUUUUCCAAGGCAUGAAGAACCUACCUAAGAACCUGCUCUCCAGCGUUUGUUUUUGUUUCGUUUUUUUUUUCCUUUCUUUUAUUUAACGUGAUCGAAAAUGAAACAGGUCCCGUUUUUUGCGGGAUUGAUAUUUAUUUGUACGAGCUGCUCGGACUGAUGAUAAGCAUGUUCGCUAAAGUCGAGGGAGCGCGAUCCUUUAAUCAAUCGUCCGAAGUUUUUCCGCACGUCCAUAUCGUAGAAUAUCGGAGAGAAAAGGAUGUGAAGUUGCACUACACACUCACUCGGCUGAGGGCCAAACAGUCAAUAAUCUUUUUUUCUUUUCUUUUUUUUCCGUAGCAGACUGGUUUAAACCGGUUGUCUCACUUAAGACCAGUAUUGAUUUUGAUAAAGAAGAAAAUGUUUUGAAGAUCUUGCAUUGCGACCCCUAGAAUGUGUUUCUUUUGUACAUAAAAAGUGACGUGCACAUAAGUUAUGCAAUUUGCUUUUCACAAUCUUUUUUUUUUCGGAAACACUAUCUUCUAUGCGUAUGUGAAGUCGUUACACACCAAACUGUUUAUGAAUGUUUAAUCGUCUCUGCGUUCUACCUCAGAAUCUGGCGGUUUGGUUGUGGGUUUGAUAAUGUGUCUUAUAAAUGAAAUGUUUUUGUUGUUGUUGUUGUUGUUGUUGUUGCUGGAAUUUAUGAACGUAAUAAUAAAGUGGCAUUGAUGAUAUCGAC